GAUGGCGAGGUUAACGAGGGCGCAGCAUAUACAUUUCACACAGUGGGCUCACUGUCGCUGCUGUCAAGGCAAAUUUCGGGCUAGGGAAACCGUGGUAUAAUUUAAUAUACAUAUUUAAAAUCGCCCGUCGCGCGACGUAACAGAAGAACGCGAUAAAAAAAAAAGCUUGAGCUGGAAAAAAAUCAAAAGACUUAAUCACGGAGGUCUACACGAAUCUUGAAUUACUUUGGGAAAGGCAGUGGAGAGAACUACCGGCCAAGUGAUUCUCCUCCUCAGCGGCCCGGUUCCACAUCAGCUGGAGCAACCGGGAGGCAGCGUUUGGACCUUCCGUGGAAGACGUUCUGUGAGCAGGGAGGGUUGGAUGGUCUCUGGGUGCCGGGUCAUCCGGGGAGAGAACUCAUGAAUGGAAAGCGGAACAACAGGAGCCGCUAGCGCCCAAGCCCUUUUUUCAUUGCCACAGCGACCCGGCUAUGGCACCAUCGGGAAGCCCAUCAAGCUUCUCGCCAACUGUUUCCAAGUUGAUAUCCCCAAGAUCGAUGUCUACCUCUAUGAGGUCGACAUCAAACCUGACAAAUGUCCUCGCCGGGUCAACAGGGAGGUGGUGGACUCCAUGGUUAAGCAUUUCAAGGUGACCAUCUUUGGUGACCAUCUUCCAGUUUACGAUGGGAAGAGAAGCCUUUACACCGCUAACCCACUUCCUGUUGCCACUGGUGGGGUUGAUUUGGACGUCACCCUCCCAGGCGAAGGUGGCAAGGACCGCCCGUUUAAGGUCACCGUCAAGUUCGUGUCAUUGGUCAGCUGGCAUCUGCUGCACGAAGUUCUCAUGGGACGCGCCGUAGCUGAACCGCUGGACCUCGAGAAACCCGUCAGCACCAACCCGGUUCAUGCUGUUGAUGUCGUUCUUCGUCACCUGCCCUCCAUGAAGUACACUCCUGUCGGACGAUCCUUCUUCUCCUCCCCGGAGGGUUACGACCACCCGCUCGGUGGAGGAAGAGAGGUUUGGUUCGGCUUUCAUCAGUCCGUACGGCCGGCCAUGUGGAAGAUGAUGCUGAAUAUUGAUGUGUCAGCCACAGCUUUUUACAAAGCUCAGCCAGUCAUCCAAUUCAUGUGCGAGGUCCUGGACAUUCACAACAUUGAUGAGCAGCCUCGUCCACUCACCGAUUCCCACAGGGUCAAAUUCACCAAAGAAAUCAAAGGUCUGAAAGUAGAAGUGACGCAUUGCGGAACCAUGCGUCGAAAGUAUCGAGUUUGCAAUGUAACACGGCGCCCUGCAAGCCUCCAAACUUUUCCUUUGCAACUGGAGAACGGCCAGACAGUGGAACGCACAGUGGCCCAAUACUUCCGGGAGAAAUACAACCUGCAUCUCAAGUAUCCCCACCUGCCUUGUCUGCAGGUGGGACAAGAACAGAAACACACCUACCUGCCCCUUGAGGUGUGCAAUGUAGUUGCAGGUCAGCGCUGCAUUAAAAAACUGACAGAUAACCAAACAUCUACCAUGAUAAAAGCGACAGCCCGAUCUGCCCCGGAUAGACAAGAGGAGAUUAGCCGACUGGUGCGCAGCGCAAAUUACGAGGCUGACCCAUUUGUCCAAGAAUUCCAGUUCCACAUCCGCGACGAGAUGGCUCAAGUGACCGGCCGCGUCCUGCCGGCCCCCAUGCUGCAAUAUGGCGGCAGGGUGAGCUCCGAACCCUAUAUGAACCGCACAGUGGCCACACCCAGCGGCGGGGUCUGGGACAUGAGGGGGAAGCAGUUCCACACCGGAGUGGAAAUCAAAAUAUGGGCCAUCGCUUGUUUCGCCACUCAGAGGCAAUGUCGUGAAGAGGUUCUAAAGAGCUUUACUGAUCAACUGCGGAAAAUCUCAAAAGAUGCCGGCAUGCCAAUUCAGGGUCAGCCCUGUUUCUGUAAAUAUGCCCAAGGCGCUGACAGCGUGGAGCCCAUGUUCAGACACUUGAAGAACACCUAUCUGGGGCUGCAACUGAUUAUCGUAAUCCUUCCUGGAAAAACACCCGUCUACGCUGAGGUGAAGCGGGUUGGAGACACCCUCCUCGGCAUGGCUACACAGUGUGUCCAAGUGAAGAACGUAGUCAAGACCUCACCGCAGACAUUGUCCAACCUCUGCCUCAAGAUCAACGUCAAACUCGGAGGCAUCAACAACAUCCUGGUUCCUCACCAACGCCCCUCCGUCUUCCAGCAGCCAAUCAUAUUCCUCGGCGCCGAUGUCACUCAUCCUCCAGCGGGAGAUGGGAAGAAGCCAUCAAUCGCAGCGGUUGUCGGCAGCAUGGACGCUCACCCCAGCAGGUACUGCGCUACCGUGCGAGUCCAGAGACCCAGACAGGAGGUCAUUCAAGACUUGGCCUCCAUGGUGCGAGAGCUCCUGAUCCAGUUCUACAAAUCCACCCGCUACAAGCCAACAAGAAUUAUCUUUUACAGGGACGGCGUGUCCGAGGGCCAGUUCAGACAGGUGCUAUAUUAUGAGCUGCUAGCGAUCAGAGAGGCCUGCAUUACUCUGGAGAAGGAAUACCAGCCAGGAAUUACCUACAUCGUUGUGCAAAAACGCCAUCACACACGCCUCUUCUGUGCCGAUCGUAACGAGCGGGUGGGAAGAAGCGGGAACAUUCCUGCGGGCACGACAGUGGACACCGACAUCACCCACCCUCACGAGUUUGACUUUUACCUCUGCAGUCACGCCGGAAUCCAGGGCACGAGCAGGCCGUCCCACUACCACGUCCUGUGGGACGACAACUGUUUCACUGCCGACGAGUUCCAGCUCCUCACCUACCAGCUGUGCCACACUUACGUCCGCUGCACACGCUCCGUCUCCAUCCCGGCUCCCGCCUACUACGCCCACCUGGUGGCCUUCCGCGCACGCUACCAUCUGGUGGACAAAGAACACGACAGCGCGGAGGGCAGCCACAUCUCAGGGCAAAGUAACGGCAGGGAUCCUCUGGCGCUGGCCAAGGCCGUUCAGAUCCACCACGACACGCUGAGGACCAUGUACUUCGCCUGAAGAGGAGCCUGAAAGCGAAAGCCAGCCGAGAGUUUGCGUGCCACCUCCGUCUCCUCCGCUGUGUUUCAAAGAUGAGAUUUUUUUUUUUUUUUUUUAAUGCUCGUUACGGCUCAGAUUUCACAGGAGCUCGGUAUGCAUUUGUAGACUAUAGGGAAACCCAAAGCGCCCGAUUAUGUUCAUUUAAAAACCUUUUUGGACUAUUUUGUCACGUUGACGCUUUUACAUGAUAUUUCUGGCGUGUUUUAAACGGCAAGCUGCCUUAAUGUGGACACGAGUCAGCCAGUCAAGUUGAUGACAGUUAGUGAAAGAUGACUUACAGCCAUCCCAUGAUGCCUUACUGUGAAGUGCAUACGCUUAGACUGUUGUUUAUCUUGUAGGUCAGCUGGUGUGUGAUAAAAAAAGAAGUUCAUGCAUUUUACGUUCGGGGGGGGGGGGGGGGGGGGGAUUUUAACUCGUAGCUGAAUGGCCCUAAUUUUUUUUUUUUGUGAGCCGUGUGUUUUAUUUAAACAAAAAAAAUCCAGAUUUACAGAAUUAGGGCAAAGAUGUCUGUCGGGCUUACCUCAGGGUGUCCUUCAGUGCAAUAAGGUUCGGUGAUAAAGCGAUUUGUAUUUUUUGUUUGUCUUCAGGAAGUUUGUUUGGGAUCAUGUAGCAGGAUGCAAAACAUAUAUGGCGUGUGAAGGGAUGCUACUGAAGUGCCUGAUGGGAUUGGAGAGUGCAAUGUUUGCAUGGAAAUAAGGUUUGUGAUAAGUAUGGCGGUUUGCAAUGUUCUUUUAACCUCACAGCAGAACCACCGAAACUCGACUUCAGCUACUGCUAGUUAAAGAAUAAUGUAGUAUUUUCUUGAAGAAAAAAAAAAGCAUAUUAUAGACUAUAUAUUAAUACAGUGGGACUUGAAACUUAGUAUAUAUUCACUGCACUUAAGGGUCAUUUGCCUGCAUUGGAAUGCAUCUUUAGUCAUGUAAAUAGUUCCCCAUUUCACAUUUAAUGCAGUGCCCUGAUGAGAAGUGACCACUUGUUGAGUUUACUUGAACAGUCAAAAAAAAAAGCCUUUAAAUCAAGAGCUUGGGCUUAACUGGACAUCUGCAGUUUUCCUCUCACGAGUCCAAAGAUUGAGGCGUAUUUAUAUUUUAAGGUAUUUGUCUGAGAAGUAAUCAUAUUGGAGGGCAGGUAUUAUUUGUUUUGAAUAAGUGUCAUCGGUCUCUAAAUCGGUUCACGCAAAGCACCGAGACCCCCGCAAAGUGCGAUCGGUAGUGAAACAUAUUCUGGUCGAAGGUUCGUCCUCUGUGCCUUUAUGUGAUGGUGCUGAAGAAAAAACAAAAAAAGCAGAAAAUCAAAGAACUAUUCUCUCUAUUUAACAACAAUACUGUAAGGUGAUUUUGUACUUUGUGUGCCUCUGUCAUAUGCCAAGAACAAACAAACAAAAAAAAAUGAUGCAGGAUUGAUCUGUUUUGGAGCUGACAGGACCAAAUGAUGUGACGAGGGGAAGUUUUGAGUGGACGGGCAAUGUUAAUCACAACCUUCAUACAUAGCUGCAGCCCUUGUGAGAAAACUAGUUCAACACAAACCUCAUUGUGUUUUUGUUCGACUUUAUACUGUAUUCCCUCAUCAGUUUACUGCCUGGUUGAUGUGCACAUUUGUGGGAAAGCAAUAAUAAAGCAGCCGUCAAGUA